AUGUCAGAAGGUAUUUCAAAUUAUUCGAUUCAAAAAUGUAUUGGUCGAGGAAACUUCGGGGAUGUAUAUUCUGCUAUUUCUCAAAGCUCAGGUGAAGUAGUUGCUAUAAAAGUUGUCCACCUUGAUGCAUCGGAGGAUGAUGUUGCAGUUUUUAUCCAAGAGAUUCAGUUGCUUUCAAGAAUGAGAUCGAACUACGUCACAAAGUAUUUUGAAACUUUCGUAAAUCAAAUGUCGAUUUGGAUCGUGAUGGAAUAUUGUGGAGGUGGUUCGUGCUCAGACUUAUUGAAAUGCCAUAAAAAGCUAAAUGAAGAAGUAGUGGGGUAUAUUAUCAGAGGAGCGAUGUUGGGAUUAAACUAUUUACAUCUUCAGAAAAAAGUACAUCGGGAUAUCAAAUCAGCUAACAUUUUACUUACUAAUGACGGAUCUGUUAAACUAGCAGACUUCGGUGUGAGUGGGGAAAUAACCAUGACUAAUAUGAAAAGAAAUACAUUUGUUGGAACCCCGUUCUGGAUGGCGCCUGAGGUUAUUAAAAGAAGGAACGGUGGGUACGACGAGAAGGCUGAUAUUUGGUCGAUGGGUAUUACUGUUAUCGAAUUGGUUACAGGAAUGCCACCGCUAGCGGAACAUGACCCCAUGAAAGUUUUAUUUACUAUUCCAGACAAUAAACCUCCUACAUUGGAUAGGUAUUCAUCAUUGACUGUGAAUAUAAAGGAUUUCGUCAAAUAUUGUUUGAGAAAAGACCCGACUGAGAGACCGACUGCCAAAGUAUUGCUUCACCAUAGAUUCCUUAAAAUUAGGAGGAAUGUUGGAAUUCUUCAAUUGAUAAGCGAAAGAGAUAAGUGGAUGGAAGAGAAAUAUGCCCAUGGUAAAAAGCCCAAGUACAAUCUCGGGAAGAAUAUACCACAAGCAGAAAAAUACUAUUCAUCGUCGAGUGAUUCCAUAGUUGAAAGUCCAUCAAGUAAGAUACAAUGGGAUUUCGGCACACAGAAGAGUUUUCAUGUCUGCAGUUCUUCUAGUCCAUUGACAUCCUCUCUGCCUCUAACAAACAAUAUCUCUAGUUCCACAGCUGUUAGCUCUCCACCUAAUCAGUCCCCUGUAGAUCUACCCCAUCCGCCUAAAGUCGGAUCCAACAAUUAUUUAGAAGAGGUCAUAAUUCAAUGCUUAGGAAAAGUUGCUCAGAGAGCAAAGACAAGUGAUACUAAAAGGACAGUUGAAAUGCUAGCGAGGAGCUUCAUAUCCUGCGAAUCCAUGCACCCUGGAAUGUGUGAGGCCAUAGUAGAAGAAAUCUAUCUACAAAUUAACGAACUACUUGCUAAUGAAAAACAAUAA